AUGGGGACACACAAUAAGACGUCCGGAUCCUCCGAUUCACCUGUAGACGACAAGGAACAAUACGGCGGCAACUAUUACGAUCCCCAUGUUGCCCAGCCUGGAGCGGAAUAUGACGAUGACCUCGGCGUCCAGUGCCCUUCGCAUACCUCCCAGCGCAGACUUGUCUCCAAGAUCGAUCUUCGCGUGAUACCCGUCCUCAGUCUCAUGUAUCUGCUGGCCUUCCUCGACCGGACCAAUAUCGCCAACGCGUCCGUGUUCGGUCUCCAGAAGGAUCUGAAACUGACCGGUACUCAAUAUAAUACCGCCUUGACCAUGUUCUUCAUACCAUAUAUCGUCUUUGAGAUACCGUCGAAUAUCAUUCUGAAAAGACUCAAGCCGCACGUCUGGCUAUCGGCGUGCAUGUUCCUCUUCGGCCUCGUAACCAUCUGCCAAGGUUUAGUGAAGAACUGGAGCGGGCUUCUUGCAACUCGCUUUUUCCUAGGUCUCGCCGAGACAGGCAUGUUCCCGGGUUCUUUCUAUCUUAUUGGCAUGUGGUAUAAGCGCUCCGAGGCCCAGAAGCGUUACUCUUUCUUCUUCGGUAGUACCAGUCUAGCCGGGGCCUUCGGCGGCCUUCUUGCAUCCGCGAUUGGCAAAAUGGAUGGGAUGCGUGGCUAUCUUGGCUGGAGAUGGAUCUUUAUCCUUGGCUCAGAGAAGACGAACGCGCCUACAUCAAAGCCCGGCUCGAGAAGGACCAAGGUCGCUCCGCCCGCGAGCGCCGCAUCACCCCCCAAGACGUCUUCAACUGCUUCAAAGACUACAAGUUCUUCCUCGGCGGGUUCAUGUAUUUUGGACUCAUCGUCCCCGCCUACGGCUACGCAUUCUUCGCCCCCGGUAUCAUCAAAUCAUACGGUUAUACUCAAAUCGGCACCCAACUGCACAGCGUCCCCCCGUGGGCAUGCUCUUUCGUCUUCGCGCUCAUCGUUGCUUUUCUUCUCGGACCAGUUCAAGCAUCGCUUCUUGUUCACACUGAUUCCGAUCGCCAUGUCCAUCGCUGGUUUCGCUAUCCUAUUGACCGUGCACACGAGGCCGCAUCUCGAAUACGCAGCGCUGUUCCUCGUCACCAUGGGCACUUACUCGGCCCUGCCGGUGACGGUCUGCUGGUUCAACCUCAACCUCGGUGGCCACCAUCGUCGAGCGGUCGGAACGGCCUGGCAGAUCGGCUUCGGCAACAUUGGCGGGAUCAUCGCCACCUACGCUUUCCUGGCCAAAGAUGCACCGCGUUACAGACAAGGCUAUGGCAUCUGCAUCGGCUUUGCAUGUCUGAGCGCAGCGGCUUGCUGUGCUUACGCCGCUAGCGUGCUGGUGCAGAACAGGAACCGGGACAAGGCGGGUACGGAUCUCGGGCUGACGGAGUUUGAAAAGACGGAGAAGGGGGAUAUGAGUCCUGAUUAUCGAUAUCUGCUGUAA